AUGGCGAAAUUCUCAACAACAACAACCACAACCCUCCUCACAACCCCCCUCCGCCCAACGACCUCCACAUCCUCAGCCUCAGCCUCACCCUCCUUCCUGCGAAACAGCCUCUCUUCGCCCGUCCGCCACGCGACAUUCAUCCCCCGCCCCCGCCGCCCCUACACAUUCACCCAGCUCGUCCAGCUCUCCGACGGCUCGACCUACACCGCCCGCACCACCUCCCCGCUGCCGCUCUACCGCGCCGCAAAGGACACCCGCAACACCCUCCUCUGGCAGCCCAGCGAAAAGAGCCUGCGCAACGUCGAGCUCGACGAGGCCGGUAAGCUGGCGGCUUUCAGAGAGCGCUUCGGACGCGUGUUUGAUGCGCCUGCUGCUGCUGCUGCGGCCCCGGUAGAGGGCGAGGCGCAGGCUGAGGGCGAGGCUGCCGCUGCGGAGGAGAAGGCGGCUGCUGCUGCGCAGGAGGAUGCGGGAUUGAACUUUGAGGAUCUGUUGGCGGAGUUUAAGCCGCAGGAUACGGGCGCCCUAAAGGACUCUGGUCCGAAGAAGGCGCCUACACGGAGAAAAUAGUCGACUGAUUUGCG